AUGGAGACCAAGUCCUCCGAAGACCCCCACCGGCUCGAAGUCGAGGAAAGCAAAGAGGAAGAACUUGCCGAGCUCUGCCCUCCGUCUUCUCAGUUACACAUGGAACUCGGUGUUCUACGUGAACACGCUCUCGACAAGGAAAGCAAGCUCGUUACUGACCUAGACGUGAUGCGUCUUCAGCACAAGUAUCUGGAUCCAGCUCACAGCUUGACGAGGCUUGAAGGAACGGACGUCGAAGGUCGUGGAUCUGGAAAAAGCCAAGAGUGGACAAAUCAGCACUACAGGCAUUGCGAUUUCACAUCGAGGGCGCGAGAGGUUUUCCUCAUUCCGCCAUCAAGAUUGGGGGAGAUCAUAAUACCUGGCGACACAUGGUGGUUGGACACCUGCGAACUCCUGGCUUGUUCCACCUCCAUCGGCGAGCAGACUUCAGUGCCAUUCAUCCAUACUCCUGCGUCAUCUGUGCCUACUGAUUUUUGGGGUGUUCUCGAACCGGAAGAUGUCGAUGUCGACGACCUGAUUGAUGCUGACGUAUCGGCGGAGACUUUUGUUUGGCUUGACAACGAUGACCUUCGUGAGGACCUUGAUGAGCCCUCGACAUUGCAACUGGGUACCUCGACCACUCCGACGCUCGACCUUGCGGAUGCACCAUGCACUCCCUAUGCACUUACUGGCCAUCGUAAGAACACGUCGACCUCUUUCUAUGCCGAGGGAGUUUCGGUCUCGAAGGCCGUGUUUCGGCUGACAUCCUUCAGGCAAAACCAACUCGAAGCUAUCAACGCCACGCUGUGGAACAGAAUUUGCAUAUGGGAUAUUCGGUACUGGAGGCAGCGGAUAGGGAUGAAGCGUUCUGGAGUUGUAGAUAUAAAAUUGAAUCGAGACCAUCUGCAUACUGGGUGCCCCAUAUGUCUGGUGACUGCAUCUUGGGUCUCAAAUGAUUCUGCUAUUCCGAACAGACAUGUCACGAGGCCCCCGGGGCCUCUGUACAGCAACUACGAACGAGCAACACAGCAUGACGUGGACGCAAUUGACGGUAUCUCGUGCUUGAUAGAUGUAGACAUCACGGACUUGCAAAGAAAAGAAGAGAGAUUAAGCACAGAUUUGACGCUCGGUAAACCAUCAGUCUUGAUCAUUCAACCUAUGAGGCCAGUAAUAAGUCCAGAACUCGUCGCGACCGUUACCUCUAAUAUAAUUCACCUUUUGAUGAUGUUGGUGAUGUAUGGAAUGUCUGCUUCUGUGAAAUCCACAACUGCGUGCUUAUUUCCUCGAAACACGGACCCCUCGGGGCGGUAUGCGGGACUCGUAAUCCAGUAUAACCUGCAGCAGACGAAGGUGGAGUCCCCCAGCGACCUGGGACAGUCACGGAGUCGUCAUCCGCCUGGAGGAAUACAAGACGAAGCUGGCAACCGGAGACAUUGUAAUGGAAAGCAAUGCCAGCUUCAAUUGUAA